GAAAUGGGGAGUCAGCAGCUUCUGCCGGAAGGAGUGGGGGCUGCGGAGGGGAGAGAAGGGAAAGGAAGAAAAGGAGGAGCUUCCUGGCCGGGGAAGUCACCUAAGAGGCCUCCCGCUGAGCCCCGGGAAGCCCGCCGUGGGGCCCGGACGCCCCAGCUGGGAAACCGGCACGAGGAGAAGGGCCUCUGCCGCGCCAUUGGGUUGUACACAGUCCUAUGUGAGGCCCGUCCAGGAAACAGGCACAGAGCAGUGCAGUGACAGGCCAAGCCCACGCAGCAAAGGGCACGCGGGGAACCGAAUCCAACCUGAGGCCCCGAAGCCUGUGUCCCUGCUCCAAGCUGGGACAGUGGCAGCGGCCAUCGCUGGGCCGUGCCAUCGAGGGGCCUCCACCCAGCUUGGCGGACUUAGGACUCGAAGCCGGGAGGAAGGAAACCAAGAAAGCAGUCCUGGGAGCAGGGAGCUCAGGGGUGCAGCGGAGGCCCCGAGAUGGCCAAGUUUCUUUCCCAGGACCAAAUUAAUGCAGCGGGGGAAGAUAAAAGCCACGGACCUCAUGGUGGUGAUGAGGUGCCUGGGGGCCAGCCCGACACCAGGGGAGGUGCAGCGGCACCUGCAGACUCAUAAGAUAGACAGAAAUGGAGAGCUGGAUUUCUCCACUUUCCUGACCAUUAUGCACAUGCAAAUAAAACAAGAGGACCCAAAGAAGGAGAUUCUCUUGGCCAUGUUGAUGGCGGACAAGGAGAAGAAAGGCUACAUCAUGGCAUCGGAGCUGCGGUCAAAGCUCAUGAAACUGGGGGAGAAGCUCACCCACAAGGAAGUGGAUGAUCUCUUCAGAGAAGCAAAUAUUGAACCAAAUGGCAAAGUGAAGUAUGAUGAAUUUAUCCAGAAGAUCGCCAUUCCUGUGCCGGACUACUGAAUGGAGAGAAUGCAAGAGAGCACCCCCUGGGCCUGAAAAC